CUCCCCUCGCCGCCUAAGCCUUCCCUCCGCUAACUGGGUCCCCUCCCCACAGCAACACGGCUUCUCUUCCUCAGCCUGGCGACAGGGGCUUCCCCUCAGCCGCCGCCGCCACAGCCGCCGCCGCCGCCGGCCGAGCUCAGCCGCGCCCGCGGCCCGCGGCCGCCAUGCAGUUUAUGUUGCUUUUUAGUCGUCAGGGAAAGCUUCGACUGCAGAAAUGGUAUGUCCCACUAUCAGACAAAGAGAAGAAAAAGAUUACAAGAGAACUUGUUCAAACCGUUUUAGCACGGAAACCUAAAAUGUGCAGCUUUCUUGAGUGGCGAGAUCUGAAGAUUGUUUACAAAAGAUAUGCUAGUCUGUAUUUUUGCUGUGCUAUCGAGGAUCAGGACAAUGAGCUAAUUACCCUGGAAAUAAUUCAUCGUUACGUGGAAUUACUUGACAAGUACUUUGGCAGUGUGUGUGAACUUGAUAUCAUCUUUAAUUUUGAGAAGGCUUAUUUUAUUUUGGAUGAGUUUCUUUUGGGAGGGGAAGUUCAGGAAACAUCCAAGAAAAAUGUCCUUAAAGCAAUUGAGCAGGCUGAUCUACUGCAGGAGAAAACAGAGAAUAUGUAUCACAGCAGGAGUUUCAUUGGGUGUAAGAAAGCGUACUAGAAUACGUGCUGGAGUACUGACAUGCAUCAAAUGUAGCAGGAUCUAUGAAUUCAGUUUGUACUUAUAAUUUUGUCAAGUUUGUUAUUUAUAUUUUAGCAUCACCUGAAAAGUCUAAUUACAUUAAAUCCCAAGGGAUAGUCCCAGUACUUUCUUUAACUGAUUAUUUUCAUAAGGAAUUUUACUCCGAUAAUGAUCCAUCAUUGGGACUUAGAAUUUAUUUUUUUACAGAGAAUAUUGAAAUAGGUUUAGAGGUUCGUUGGCAAAAAAGUAUUUUUAAAUACUGUGAAGCACUAGUCAUUGGUACAGAAAUAGAGAAAUAGAAUUCCCCUAUGAAAAUGAGAGCUUCUUUAAGAAAAUGAAGCAUUUCGGGUUCAUUACUGGUAUUAUUUUACCUUGCUGGCUUAUGCCACUGUAUUCUGAAUGGGGGAAAAAGCAAAACUCUUUUAAAACUGUCUCAAGAAUUAUCUGAGGAUUAAAUUUAAUCCUCAGAUACUUUUGUACUUAAUGGUUAUUGUAUAAAGGAUCAGUUACAUAUUUGAACAGUUUACACGACUUCGUAGCCUAACGUUUCAGAAUGCCAACUUUAAUAUUAAAAUGAAGAUAUUUUACAAGCCCUCAAAUGAGCAGUUUUAAACUUUGAGUCACAAGCCUUUUGGCAGGGGUAUAAUCCCUUUGAGAGUCCGAAGAGCCACGGGUCCUCUUCUCAGGAAAAUCUGUAAUUUUGCCUCUAGUUUCAGGGAUUUCUUCGAGUCCCCAGAAAUCCAUCUCUGGACACUCUCGGGUCAGUUUAAAACCUCACCUCAGGUUACCUUGUUGAUAUGAGAAACCUCUAUUCACAUACAUUUGUAGGCAUAGGCAUUUAACAAAUCUUUUUUGGAGAGUUCUUUAAAAUCUAUCUUGAGGAUUAUUUUAAAAAGUAAUAAUAUCCUUAGUCUCAAAGGCGUAGUCUUCCGAAGUUAAGCUAAGUGAACCAUUAAACACCUCCAUUGCUACUUAAAAUACCAAAUAGGUGACUCCUUUUCCACUUUUUCUUGGCAAAGAUUUUCUUUUAGGAUCUGUAGAGGAGUUUAUGGUCACCUAAGGAUGUAAAGAUUUUCAUUAAGGGAUUAAAUUCCUUUCCUUCGUGUAAUAAAAUCCUGACAUACUUGAAGACUGGUAGCAUUCUAAUUGAAUUUUCAGUUAACUUAGUACUGACCAGACGAUUUUACACUGAAAAUUUUUUCAGCCUGUUAGUAACAGUGCUUUUGGAUUUUGUCAGAUAUAGGUUAGUAUAGAGAGUUUAUCAUUAUACAGAGUUAACUAUAUCUGUAUCAUUUAUCAUUAUAUAGAGUUACUUUAAGAGGAACUGGAACUCCUAAGCACUGUUUAGAAGUUAAAUGUUCAGCCAUAAACCAAAGAACAAAAACAAAACUUUACGUUUCCAUUUUCUUUACUGUGCACUAAACAUUCUAGGAAUCUGAUUGUGUCUGUCAGUUUGUAUACUGUGUAAGAAUAUAUGCAUUUCUU